AUGUCGGCAGCAAUGAAAAUUGAACGCAGGCUCACUGCUACGCAAAUGACGAAAGAGACACGAGGCGCGAAACUGCCUUUGAGAAAACAGAUCAGGACAACGUAUUCCUUCUUGAGACGUGCAGUUGUGAAGUCGACAAAUAUUGCAUUUUCGACGGCGUCAUCGUCCGCAAGCAACACGGGGAAUAACGAUAGGCUAGAAGAGAAAAGAAUGAGCUACAAAAAGAAAUCCUCGCGAUUAAAAAGAUCGAUCAAAGCAAUGAUGCCGCUCAAGCAACUAAAAAGAAGAUCGAGACAACGAGAUGCUCUGAUCUUACAGGAUUCAUUCGAUAGUUUUUACGUGUCGCUCUUACAAAGCAUACUACAACCAAUCGGGAAAAGUGAGACGACCGACGUUGUAAGCAAAGAAGACAUGAUAAGUCACGCUCAAGCGGUGUUCAAGAUCGACAUUGCUACACACGAAAAGUGUCUUGGAGAAGCGAUGCUCAGAAAGCCAAAGCAAACAAUACUCAAAAUCAACGUUGUGGAGGCGAAAGGAAUCAAGGCCAUGGACCCAAACGGUCGCAGCGAUCCGUACUGCAUCAUCAGUUUAGUACGGCCGUCACACAGUCCAAAGGCAAGCCCGAAAAACAGCCCGAAACUCAUCAAUAAACACAAGGAAAGAAGGCAGUCUUCCAUCGUAAACAGCGAUGUUAUGAGAACAAAAGUCAAGUAUGCCACCUUAGAACCAAAAUGGCACGAGGAGUUUGAAUUUCACACAGCGGAUCUGGCAAAGGAAGAACUAAAUCUCUACAUGUGGGACCACGAUGUAGAAGAUUCCGUGUGGGAUGGAGUCAAGCAUCUGGAUAACGACCACAAACUUGCAGGACUACGAAAUAUAUUCCGACAGAUUCGCCAGACGGUGGAGUAUGGGAAACCCAUCGAUGAUUUUCUGGGUAAAAUCCAGCUCCCGCUGAGAGAAGUUCCAAGUUUAGGGCUUGACAAGUGGUUUAAGUUACAGAAACAGUCGAGAAGUAUUAUACCUGUAACAGGUCAAAUCAGACUGAGAAUGCAACUAGCCGUUAAAGAAAAUGCAGAGAUUGGCGAAACAUCUGACAACUCGGAAAGAUACUACAUGCUUGCCAAAGAAGUUUAUAAAUACAAUGCAGAAAAUAGCAAUGCAAUUAAAUACCACACAGGUCCGUGGAAUGGUAUCGUUGAAACAAAGAGUCAAAUUGUUCUAGACCAAUAUGCCAUACAACACUGUGUUUGUAAAGUUUCACAGUCACUCAUGCACCUGUGCAUAUUGUUGGAGUGGCACAUGCACGGAGGCGUGGUGGAGACCACCUUACGUAAUGCUAUCUCUCAAGUUGACAUGGCCGUGUUUGCAAUGCAAAUGCCACAGGGUUCAUUCGAUAUGACGGAUCGACCAGUGCUCUCGCGUUAUGAGGCGGCGCUGUUGGAACAGUGUAUUUCGAUGUACAUAGACGUCGCUCUACAUGACAUUCACGAUGUAGGUCCACAAUUAUUUCCUCCAAUGAAGCCCGACGACUCGGAGCUGGAUAGUAUCGAUACAAAGUACCAUUUGGACCUCAUCCACAGCCUGAUUGGCCUAAAAGCCUGGUAUGGUAAUGGCGCUGCGUUGAAAGGUAAAGUGAUCAACAAGUUGAUUGAUGUCAUCAAGACAACCGGGAAAAAAUGGUUAUCAGAGAAAUUGGAAAACAUCUUAUCGGAAGACAAGGGCACAUUUCAACCAAGCCAAAUGGUCGUUGUUAUGAAAAGCCUGAAAGACGUAACCGAAGAGCUCAAUACACUCUGUGCCGUUAAUCAGAAUAUGAGGAGUUCUUUAGCAGGUGGGUUCGAUAUGAAUUAUUAUAAACUGGUAUGUCGAAUUAUUGACAGUCAUCUGUCGCCGAAAAUCCAGGCUGUCAUGAAGAAACUGGACGAAUAUCAACUGCGAUAUCAACGAUAUCCUAUCAAUAUAUCAGAAAGCAGUAGUGCAUCGUUGGCGUGUUACUUAGCUGUGAAGAAGAUAAUCAAAUCUAUGUCUGAAUGUGUAAAAGAGAGUGACGAACUUGAUUUGAGUGGCCAUUCCACCUGGUUCCAGGGUGCCCUGAUAUUCUGGUUGCAGACGUUCAAAUGGGAAUGCGACCGUAGAGUGAGGAAGGCUUUGGAGAUGGACCCUAAUGUUAUGCUGGUGGACUCACUGGUAAAAUUCUCCAUAUCGUCAGUCGAUGUACUUACAUGCUUUCAAAAGAUUACGCAAGAAUGGAUUGAUAUUGAUUACGACGAUCCUGACAGCGCAUGUGUUGCAGUAACAAAGAUUACAGAGUUGAUCUGUGAUGGCGCUAGACUCUACGCUGAUAAUCUUCAUAAUACUUUGCAUGAGAAUGGUUUCUAUGACAAAGACAGUCCACAAUUUGAUAUCAAAGAGAAGUUGUGCAUCACCCUCAACAAUAUUGAUCACGUUCGACAGUAUUUGGAACAGCUAUCGGGUCUUCUAAAGUGGGAAGAGACCGUGGGUCGACUAGUGACGAAACAUUCCAACCAAUCAGCGGGCACGAAGACCCUGCAUACGCUCAAACGACUCGUGAAGAGCGCUAACAGUGACGUUCUCAACAAGUCCGAUUUACUGGUCAGGAAAAUGACUGAAAGAAUGAGCGAGGAGAUGACAAAAAGCAUGGAAUGUCUGUUUCACAGAGGAGUGGUGUGCAUUGAUCCGGUCAUGGAGUAUCUGGAUGGUAAGAUGGAGAAGCUAUAUAAGACGCUGAGCCCGCCCAUCUACCCGAGAGUCGUUAAUGAACUAUGGAAUACGUUGUUAAGAACCAGUGGCAACCAUUUGGAGGUCGGAGCACCACCAGACUACUAUCAAACGUUGGACAAGCAUCUGGGCGCGUUAGAGAAAUUUUUUGGGCGAGAUUUGGGUCUGAGCGAAAUGAAAGUGAAAAACUACCAGUACCACCAUGUGAAGAAUCAGUUGACGCUAAACAGUAUGUCUUCAGAAGAUCUCGUCUGCGAAUAUUACCAGUCAAUGGCAGAAAACGUAUCGACACCGGACGCGUACUUUGGCCAUCUAGCCAUCAAGAUUGGAUACAUGGAAGAAACACGUGGGAAUAUUACUAUCUUCGUCAAAGUUGUAAAUGCCGUGGAUUUGCCUGGAUUGGACAAAAAUGGACUGAGUGAUCCGUUUGUCAUUCUGGAGUUGUGUCCAGACACCAUAUUUACACAUUCUAAAAUACAGAAGACAAAAGUGGUGGAGCAGAACCUAUGUCCGAAAUUCAACCAAGUUUUCGAAUUUCCAGGAUUACCCAAAGAAGUUCUCGACACGAGAGGAGCUGUUUUAUCUAUGACGGUUGUGAGCCAGAAUUCUAUAUGGGCAGAUUCGUUUGCUGGCGAGGUAUUCAUGCACAUGAAAAGUGCGCGUGAGGUGCCCGUCACUCAGUCUAUUGAGAUGUGUCCAGCAGUCAUGCUGCCAUUAAAACGACCCACUGAAACGGACGGCCCGCUCCAGAUACUGGGCAGUCGGGGCAAAUGGGACAAAGUGGCCAAGAAAUUCGCAGCAAAGAGACAGAAGAUCAUCUCAAACAAACCAACGAGAACGGAUAGGAAAUCCACACGGGGAGCUGGUUUCCGCGAAGCAGGGCUAUUAGCAUAUUUCACGAGGCUGACUACCUAA